CUCGGGAGGGGAGCGUUGUUUUGGUCACGUGAUACGCUAUCUCAAAGACGUGUAAAAGAUGGCGUACGGCAAAUAUCAACUUGUUGUGUUGAUAUUUUUGCUUUUGGGGUUUUCGUUUGUCUAUUCGUCUUUGAUCGAGUAUUCCUGUCAGACCUGGGGAGGAUAUGGGGACUUUUCGGAUGUAACUUUUGGGGAUCAACCUUCACUGACAGAAACCAGUUGUGGCAAGGAGGUCGAGUUAAAGACGUUCUCGGACUCACCCCCAAGGGUACGCUACUCACAAGCGGUUUCUGCUAAAAAAUAUUUGAUAGCAAUGAUUGAUCCUGAUGCACCCUCUAGGGAGAGCCACAGUUGUCGAAGCUGGCUUCAUUGGAUUGUUGGUAACAUUAAGGGAAAGAACUUGGAACAUGGUGACAUUAUGGGUGACACUUUCACAGGUUACAACCCACCAACUCCACCUUCAGGAUCUGGUCCACACAGAUACUACUUGUAUGUGUUUGAACAAAAGCAUCCCUUAGAUAUCGAAGCUGAGGUGGUCAAACGUUGCCAGUUCUCUAUUGAUGAUUACAAACAAAACAAUGACUUGACCCCUGUGGCUAUGAACAUGUUCCAAACAGUUAAUAAUUCUUGAGUUUACUUUGUGCAAUUGUCAUGCAUUUGAACUGAAAACAGAAGCUAGGUACUCAGUUCAGGAUUCUUCGUUGGUUUUUGUUAUUUUCUAAGACAUAAAGGAACAAAGUAUGCAGAAAUUUUAUGUCUGCCAAACAUGAAAAGUAAAGCAAAACUGUUGUAAAUGUUCAGCUUUGUGAAUUUGAUGGAAACAACAAUAUGGUUUCAGAAGUAGCAAAUCAUUCAUAUCAGGAAGGAUUAUACUGAAAAAGGUAUGAAAUAUUGUGUAGGAGAAAGCAAGAUAACAUCCCAAAUUAUGUAACUCUAGAUGAGAUAUACCAAAAGUGAAAUUAUUUAUUAUUUGCCCUAUUAUUUGUGAGGAAAGUGACAUGUGUAAAACAGAAUUACCAUUGAUUAAAGUAAAUAUGAGGCAUCAACCUCAGAUAGAUAUGAAGAUUGGAAAAUUUGAUAUUUUUGAUAGAGUUAAUAAUUUCCUAGAGAAAACAUUACUGUCAUGAAUGUUUGGAUAAAACAGUGACAAUACAACUGCUUUGAGGUGGUGUUCAUUUUUAAGUAAAAAUUCCAUGGAAUAAAACAACUGUUUUGUCAGAAAUUG